GGGAGAGGGACAGGUCACUUGUGCUGUGUUAGCAGCAGUAGCAGCAGCAGGCAGAGUGUCUUGUGUCUGCUGCAGGCAAUGGAACUCUUUUCCAAGUGCCAAGCAUUCCCACUGCAGCCCAGAGGAGACAGUCCACACAGGCAUGCCGGUAGCAGCAUCUGCAUGGGCUCAUUCCUUCUACUGCAGUAGAGCUCCCUCCACGAGGACAUGAGAGCAGCCUGCAGAUGCUUUGAAGUAGAGUAAUUGCCUCUUUCAAGCUGCCUCUUUUGAUCACUAUGGUGUUUUUUAUUUAGGUUUGGAUGGAUUUAUCUUCUGCCAAGUAAAGAACUCAUAGGCACCCCAUUUCCCCUGAACACAAUGGCUUGGCUCAAGGUUCUAGAAAGGAUCUUUGAUAUUUUGCAAGCUCUAGAUGUCACCAAGGGGAUUCACUUGUCUUGAUUGAGCCCAACAUUGUCUUGUCCUUAUCAGAUUGUAACAGGAGAGCCGGUUGCGAGGGUCGUUUUGGUACAGGGGAGCCGUGAAGAAGCAGCAAAGAUGUCCAAGGUUGUUGGGGAAAGUUCGGUGGAAGACCUGGCCAAGGUUUCUGAUGAGGAGCUGAUGAAGUGGACUAAGGAGGAGCUGAUCGUCCGGCUCCGCAGGGCUGAGGCUGACAAGAUGAGUGCGAUGUUGGAUCAUAGCAAUCUGAUCCGGGAGGUGAAUAGGAGGCUGCAGCUACAUCUGGGGGAGAUCAGAGGGCUCAAGGAUGUAAAUAAGAAGCUGCAGGAAGACAAUCAAGAACUUAGAGACCUAUGUUGUUUCUUGGAUGACGACAGGCAAAAAGGAAAACGUAUUUCCAGAGAGUGGCAAAGACUGGGAAGAUAUACUUCAGGGAUCAUGCAGAAAGAAGUUACUUUGUAUUUACAGAAACUGAAGGAGCUUGAAGUAAGACAAGAAGAAGUGGUAAAGGAAAACCUUGAAUUAAAAGAACUUUGUUUUUUGCUAGAUGAAGAGAAAAUUGGGGUAGCGGGUAGUAGGAGUUCCAUUGACAGUCAGAAUAGCCUCUGUCAGUUGACUGCAACGACCAGUACAUUUCUACGAGAUGUUGGUGAUGGAAGCAGCACAUCCAGUGCAGGUAGCACAGAUAGCCCAGACCAUCAUAAAGCAAACUCUACCAACAGUCCUGAACACCUCCAAAAAAGCAGAGGUGAAAGAAGUCCUGAACACCAGAAACAUGGAAGUGGCAGUCCGGAACAUCUUCAAAAGCCUAGGAGUUCAUCAAGUCCUGACCAUCAGAAACAUCUGAAAAGUGCAAGUCCAGAACAUCAUAAAAGUGUGGGUAAAAGUAGUCCAGAGCCACAAAGGCAUUCUUGUAGUAGCCCAGAAAACCUACAAAAGCAGAUAUUAAGUAGUAGCCCUGAACAUUUUAAAAAGCAUAGGUCUGGUGGUAGUCCAGAAUACCAAAAGCUCAGCAGUGGCAGCCCAGAACAUCUUCAAAAACAUACAUUAAGUGGAAACUCAGAACAUCUUCAAAAAGCAAGGGGUAGUAGCCCUGAGCAUCUCAGACAACAUUUUGGAGGUAGCCCAGAACACCUCAAACUUUUGAGUGCGAGCAGCAGGGAAGGCACCAUAAGGAGACAAGUAGCAGAUGAAAUGUCAUCUCAUCACAGAAGUGUGUACAAUGGAAUGAAUGGUGGGUGGACAAGCCUACUGAAAUCCCCAUUUGCUUAAAUGGAGUUUUCUGCAUGUAUUGAACAACCAGCAUAAACAUAGUACAUACAUGUGAACAUAUCACGAAUGCAUGUUUUAGCUUAAUACCAACUGUAUAUUAAGAAUGGUCAGUCAGUUUCAGUAUUUCACUUGUACUUUUUCCAAGUUAAUAUAGCAGAAACUAAAUAUGGAAAAUUAUUGAUGCUUUUAGUGCCUUAGAAUCAAUAACAAUUGCAGGAAAUGUUUUUUCUUUUCUUAGCAAUUCUCGGCAUUCCUUGCUACUAUAAAAGUAAUCUAUGAUUGGUACACAUCCUAUUGGCAUUUAUAGUUUUGUUUUACAGAGAAUUCUGGUAUGGUUAGUGCAAUAUCAUGAGAAUUUUAUUUUAUUUUUUAGCCCUUUUAACCUGCAGUAGAGGUGAACUGCAGUGAAUGCUGACAUUAAGUCAUUGCUUUAUGUCCACUAAAGUAUUGUUGGUGUUGAUAGUUGUGUUGCAGUUGUUUGUGUGUGUAUAUUGUAUACAAUAUUCCAUAAAUAGGCCUAAAGUAGCUGUCAUCUUUACAUGAAUUGAGGCUAAAAAAUAGAGUACCAUUGUUUGUUAAAUCAUAGUUGAAUUUUGGUGAUUUAUACUAUCAGGGCCAGUUCACACC